AUUUUCAGUUAAACAAACCAAAAUCAACUUAGCUACGGUUUCCUCUUCCAACAACCUCAAAAAAAAGACAGUAACUUCAUACAUAGCACAAACAAAAACAUCUUAUGUUUUUCUUUUUCCUUUUUUUAAUGUUUAAACCAAAUCUCAAAAAACAUUACAAUCUCCAAUGAAACGAAACCACAGUUCCCACCACCACCACCACCACAACAACCACCAUAACAACCACCGUAAAUGGCUCAUAAUCCCCACCCUAACAAUCUCCCUCCUCCUCUUCCUCCUCCUCAUCCUCCUCCCUCGUUCAAAACCCUCAUCCUCAUCCCUUUCCUCCGAAAAUCCAAAUUUCACCACCAAUUUCAACCUCCCAAACCUCCCCAAAUUCGCAUACUUGUUAACCGGUACUAAAGGGGAAGUUUCACAGCUCAAGAGGGUUCUUCAAGCAACAUAUCAUCCAAGAAACUAUUAUCUUCUUCACCUUGAUCUAGAGGCUUCUGAUGAGGAGAGGCUUGAGGUUGCAAAGUAUGUGAAAUCGGAGAGGGUUUUUGGUUUUUUUGGGAAUGUUAUGGUUGUUGGGAAAGGUGAUUUGGUUACUUAUAAGGGUCCUUCUAUGGUUGCUUCUACUCUUCAUUCUGUUGCUUUGUUUCUUAAGAAGGUUCAUGAUUGGGAUUGGUUUGUUAAUCUUAGUGCCUCUGAUUAUCCUCUCUUCUCUCAGGAUGAUCUCUUGCAUGUAUUUUCAUUCAUGCCUAGGGAUAUGAACUUCAUUGAGCAUACAAGUAACAUGGGCUGGAAAGAGUUUCAACGAGCCAGACCUAUCAUUAUCGAUCCAGGCUUAUAUCAUUCAAGGGUAUCGAGUGUUUACUACGCUAAAGAGAAAAGAUCUCUCCCGUCUUCGUUCAAGUUAUUCACAGGUUCUGAAUGGGUUGUCCUUACAAAACCGUUUCUCGAGUUCUGCGUAUGGGGUUGGGACAACCUCCCUCGCACUCUCCUCAUGUACUACACGAACUUCCUUUCGUCAAACGAAGGCUACUUCCAUACCGUCAUUUGCAAUCACAAGGACUAUCAAAACACAACAGUAAACCACGAUCUUCGUUACUUAAAAUGGGACAACCCGCCAAAACAACAUCCUUUGUCUUUGAAACUUGAGCAUUUCAAUGACAUGGCGCAUAGCGGCGCGCCUUUUGCUCGCAGGUUCGACAAGGACGACCCGGUUCUCGAUAAAAUCGACAAAGAACUAUUGGGAAGAUCGGAUGGUUAUGUUACUCGUGGUGGUUGGUGCGUUGGCGAUUCUACAAAGGGGAAAAAUCCUUGUGAUGUUUAUGGAAAUCCAGAUGUUGUUAAACCUAGUUUGAGAUCAAAGAUUCUAGAGAAACUGAUGUUGAAACUAUUGGAUUCUGAAAAUUUCAGGCCAAAACAGUGUAAAUAACAUUUUGAACAGUAAUUAUUGCUUUUGAUUAACCUUAUUGUUUUAAUGAGUUGAUGAAAUUGUAAUUAGUUUGAUGUAGAUAUUUAACUACUCAAAGAAUAUCAUAACAUUGGAUGAAUACAAUCAACUAAGAAGUGUUUUUUCAAUUUCAUUUAUACAAUGGUAACUAUCAAAUGACACC